AUGGUGAACAUUUUUUUACACAAAUCGCCCAAUGGAGGGGGCAACAGAGGUGGGCCAAAACGCAGAAAGGCAACCCAACCCACGCGCCGUUUCGUCUCCGCCGCCGCCACCCGCCGGCGCGCGCACUCCGCCGACAACCUGGCGCGCGCGGUCUCCCCCGGCGACCUCCUCCGUCUCCUUCCCUCAUGCGGCACCCUCCCCUCCCUGCGCGCCCUCCACGCCCGCCUCCUCACCCACACCCAGGGCCUCCUCCUUGGCAGCCUCCGCGCAAGCACCAAGCUGCUCAGCUGCUACGCAGCGCUGGGCGACCUCGCCUCCGCGCGGAUGGUGUUCGACGGGACCCCCCGCCCGGACGCUUACUCCUACGGGGUCAUGCUGCGAUGCCUCGUCGACGCGGGGCGCCACGCGGACGCUGUCGCGCUGCACCAGGAUAUGCGGCGGCGGUGCCCCUGCCCCGAGGCGCAGGACGACUUCGUGCUGUCGCUCGCGCUCAAGGCCUGCGUCAGGUCCGCUGAGUACGGGUACGGCAGGCGGCUGCACUGCGACGCCGUCAAGGCCGGCGGCGCGGACGGCUUCGUGAUGAACAGCUUGGUUGACAUGUACGCGAAAGCCGGGGACUUGGAGUGCGCCCGCAAAAUGUUCGAGAGAAUUCCUGACUGGAAUGUGGUGUCCUGGACCUCGAUGCUAAGCGGGUGCGUCCAGAAUGGUUUUGCUGCAGAUGGACUGUUUCUGUUCAAUGAGAUGAGGCGCGAAACCUUGUUGGAUAUGUAUGUUAAGUGCGGGGAGGUAGAGGAUGCUCGGCGCAUGUUUGAUGAGCUCAGCUAUCUUGACAUUGUUCUUUGGACCACGAUGAUUGUGGGGUACACACAGAAUGGGAACCCUCUUGAUGCAUUACAGUUGUUUCUUGACAAGAAAUUUGCAAGCAUUGUUCCAAAUUCAGUUACCAUGGCAACUGUUCUUUCAGCUUCUGCUCAGUUACGUGACUUGUCUCUGGGAAGGUCAAUUCAUGGGAUAGCUGUCAGGUUAGGUGUGGUUGAUUAUGAUGUGGUGGUGAAUGCAUUAGUUGACAUGUAUGCAAAGUGUCAAGCAGUGUCAGAGGCCAACAGGAUAUUUGGAAGAAUUUUGAACAAGGAUGUUGUCACAUGGAAUUCGAUGAUUGCUGGCUAUGCUGAGAAUAAUAUGGGCGAUGAUGCUCUAAUGCUAUUUAAACAGAUGAGGCUGCAGGGCGCUUCACCUGAUGCCACCUCUGUGGUGAAUGCUCUGUCAGCUUCUGUUUGUCUGGGUGACCUACUUAUGGGUAAAUCAUUCCAUAGUUAUGCUGUUAAACAUGCGUUUCUCUCCAAUGUUUAUGUCAACACUGCCCUAUUGAACCUGUACAGCAAAUGUGCUGAUCUCCCAUCAGCUCGUAGGGUGUUCGAUGAGAUGAAUGACCGUAAUUCUGUUACUUGGUGUGCUAUGAUCGGCGGUUAUGGAAUGCAAGGAGAUUCUGCUGGUUCUAUUGAUCUAUUCAAUGAAAUGCUGAAAGAUGGUGUGCAUCCAAAUGAUGUAGCAUUCACAAGCAUCCUAUCUACUUGCAGCCAUACUGGGAUGGUUACUGCAGGGAAGAAGUAUUUUGAUAGUAUGGCACAACAUUUCAAAAUCACACCUUCCAUGAAACAUUAUGCUUGCAUGGUUGAUGUGCUAGCCCGUGCAGGAAAUCUUGAGCAAGCACUGGAAUUCAUAGAUAAGAUGCCAAUGCAAGCAGAUGUUAGUGUUUGGGGAGCUUUUCUCCAUGGAUGUGGGCUCCAUUCAAGGUUACAGUUUGGAGAAGAAGCUAUCAAGAGAAUGAUGGUGCUUCAUCCUGAAAGACCAGAUUUGUAUGUGCUGAUAUCAAACUUGUAUACCUCAUAUGGGAUGUGGGAAAAAUCUCUAGCUAUCCGAAGAUGGAUGCAGGAAAAAGGACUAGUCAAAUUACCUGGGUGCAGCUCUGUAGGUCCUGAAAAUGGAUGA